AUCAAGAUGUGGGCGGAUUUGCGCUGACGUUGCCCAUACUCGGGAUUAACUUGUUUUUAUGUCGCCAUAUCUUAUCACAUUUUGCACCGGGAUAGCCUGAUCUGCUGCAGAUUGUUGAUACAGAGUACAAGCAAGCGUUUUCAAACCUUAAAUUAGUCUGAGUGUUGUGCGUAAAAGUGUUGACGGGCCACCGUGGGGGCGCGCAGGACGAUGUGAGGUGCCUGCACGAGGAGCAGACGUCGCACUGAGUUUGCAGUGCUGAUGUCCUGUCACACUGAUGGGGGCCGACGGCAGUAAAAACAGGAAGAGGCCCGCUGAAGGCCAGGAGGAUGAGGACUUCUCAUCUGGAUGGCGUGGCUUCCUCUCCAGCAUGGGUCUGUCUAUCCCAGCAGGCCUCUGUCGCCUGGCCCCACCUGCGCUGCGUCUGGGCCAGCGUCGAAUGCUCCAAGGCAAGGCCCCCGACAUUCCAGACCAUGUCCUGAGGUUGGCAGGAGUCGGUCCAGGAAAGCUGAGGGCAGAGUGGAGCCUGCCGGCCUUCAUUACCAUGUUCCUGCCCGAAUUCCCCCACCGAACUGUGCCUGGGCACGAACACUUUCAGGUGUUGAGUUACAUCGCCAAAGGUUCAUUUGGACCCAUUCUGAAAGUGAAGGACAAGACCAAACAGAAAACAUAUGCUGUCAAGGUUAUACCUAAAUCAGAGAUCCUAAGACUCGGGGUGUUGGAGCAGUCAAAAGAAGAAGUUAUUGUUCAGCGUCAGGUUCGCCACCCAUUUGUCCAUGACCUUGAGGACUGCUGGCAGACUCAGCGCCACCUCUACAUUAUGUGUGACUACUGCAGCACCGGAGACCUGUACACUUACUGGCAGAUGAUUGGUCAGUUCACAGAGGACACAGUGCGAGUGUUUGCAGCAGAGUUGGGAUGUGCGCUCGGCUUUCUGCAUGACUUUGGGAUCAUCCACAGGGAUGUGAAGAUGGAGAACAUCCUGCUUACAGACAAUGGACACCUCCGCUUAGCUGACUUUGGUUUGUCCCGUCGCCUGGAGAGAGGAGGCCGGGCUUUUACCAUCUGUGGAACCAUCCAAUAUAUGGCCCCAGAGGUGCUCAGUGGUGGGCCCUACAACCACGCAGCUGAUUGGUGGUCACUGGGAAUUCUGCUUUUCUCAUUGGUCACUGGGAAGUUCCCCAUGCCCCCCGAACAAGACCACUGUAGCAUGCUGAGGAAAGUGCGGAGUUUUCCCUAUGAAAUGCCUCUCAGCCUCAGCUCUCCGCUGGCCUUGCUAAUAACAGAGCUUUUGUGCAAGACUCCCUGCCGCCGCCUGAGGACCCUUGAUCGUUUCAAACGCCAGACCUUCUUCCGGGGAACAACCUUUGACCUCGCCCUGCUGCAGCGCCAGCCUGUGGAGGUGAUUCUGGAGCUGAGAGAGCGACCAGACCGAGCUGCCAAAGCUCGACGAGGCCUCACUUUGUCUCUGCAGCCUCUCAAAGGCUUCGACUACGACUCCUUCCUCAGCCCUCCUGCCACACCGGACACACAGCUGGACGCCAGCACGCAAACCAACACAGCUGCACCAUUCCCUGGCCCGCUUCUCCCAUUGCAGCCUGCUCAGGGAAAAGGCCCACGCAGAGAAGUGUUUGUGUGACGGACUUUGAGUCUACAGUAUGGUUACAAACACACUAAAAUUAAAGGCCUAAAUGUAUGUAUUUCUGCACACUUAUUCACCCUUACACACAGGUGUGGUGUGCCUUGUAAAAUGUCUUAUUCAGUAGAGCCAGUAGCUGGUUAUGAUUAAGUUUGACCUUUAGUUUAGAGAGGAAUGAUUUGUUUAAGCCACAUUUGAGAACACCAUUCCCCCACUUGUAUUGGCGAGUUUUAUGUUGGGGUUUUUGUGAUGUACCGAACACAAUUUUUUGCUUUUUUUUUUUUUUACUUGUUUGCCUUUCUCCAAUGAGCACCUUUUCAAGCCUAUUGUAUUUGCUCAACUGUUGUGCAAGAAAGAUUGCACUAUUGUCCAUCUAUAGUUUACAAGUGACUGGUCAUGGCUGCCCUGUUAAUACUUUGCUAUCAAAUCCACUCCUCAUGGAAAAGUCAUGCACAUGUUUUGUUUUUAUGUAGAUAUGUAGAAAGUAUCCAAACUCCCUUGAACAAAAUGAGUGUUUUCUGCACUUCUGCCUUUAUUUUCAUGUUGAUUAUAAACAGUUUUGGCAGAAGUGUAUGAAAGAAACUCUUGCCUCAUUUUAUGAGUGACUAUGCUGUGAUUUACUAUGAAACAUUUCUGUACCUUUGUUAACGCUGCAGUUUAACCUUUCCCUGACUUGACAUUUACUGCCUAAAUUCUGUAGCAGCAGAAACGUCUCUCCUCCUAACCUGUACUACUUAAAGUCAUCACAACAUCCGACAAAGAUGCAUACGCCUUCGACGUCUGCUUUAGUAUGAAUCAUUUCCAACCUGCGACUCAGGGGAGCACUCGCUGGUUUUCCCAGGUCGGCCUUGAUUUUGACUCUAAGAUGGCGCCCAGCUGUGCAGAUCUGAGCUGGGACUGUAAAGGUUGAAUCAACAGCAGCAUUGUUUACCUCCAGUUAACAUUUUGAUAGAUACAGGGCUUUUUCUAUUGACCAAGGCUGCCGUAACCCUAGCCAGUAAUCACACCUCCAUGCACUUACCUGACCAUCAGAUUAUAUUAUGAUUUUGUAAAAUAUGCCCUGAUGUGUACCCAGAAUGCCUCACACAUGUGAUCCUGAGCUUGCUUUUUUUGUCACCAAAAUGCUUAUUUAUAAAUUCCUAUUUAUAAAGUUUAUAUGACUAUUUUGGAUGCUAUUUGAUGUUAUAUGUUCUGUUAUAAUGUAUUUUUGUAAUUACCAUGUAGCACAGAUGGAAUAUUAAACUUCCUG